AUGUCCUUACUUCAGCACACCGGUCCAUCGACGUUUUACAUGGAAUUAGCAGAGUUACCCCUUCCUGUGUCUGCUGAUUUUGUUGGUGGCGAUGGUGCGUCUACUAGUCAAUAUAGCCAGAGAUUGAUGACGGACACCCACACAGUUCCACGCGUCACUUACACCGUUCGCGAUCUUGAGCGUAAUAUCACACGAUCCCUCACCAAGACUUUCUCUGGGGGCAUCAGUCCUGAUCAUCAGACAACCUCCCAUGAUUCCUCCGAAAUCAAGGCGUUUAGAACAUCUCCUUCCAAAUCUCGUCAGGCGGUCCUCCGGGAGGUUUCUAAUGGCACAAGUACGAAACGUUUCGUCGAAAUCUGGGCCGGCCUCCAGAUAGAGGCUUCCUUGGAUGUCACAAAGUACCACGAUGCUUUCCAUACAGAUGAUUUCACAUCAUCGCUCUCCUUCUCCCCAUCGGAAACAUCCCUUCUUUAUACCGCCGAAGCAAACAUCAUCGGCGAUGAUAAUGCUUUGGACGAUCCUUACCCCAAAUUCAGAUACACCCCGCACUUUGGCGAACUGUCUCGCGGCAAGAAAAGAUCGACCAUUUUUCUAUUCCGCUGGACAAGGUCUACAGCCUUCACAAAGGCUGCUAAGCAAGACAUGUUGCUCGUUGCCCUUUCGCUGGCACAGCCUACCCAAACACCCGUCCUGUUUGGUCAAGCUACUUUUGCGACGGAAGAUAUCAUUUACGCCAGUGGACAUGAACACACCAAAGACGGUCGACUACUGGGGGUUAAAUGGUGCUUCAAUCGUCCCAUGGGCAUAUGGGAGAUUAAACUUCCCGAGUCAGCAACUGUGCAAGGGACACCUUUUGGUACUAAGAUAUCAUGCAACGCAUUGAAGCUGACUCCCUCAGAACGGUCUUGUCGUUCACCUCGUGUAUUAUAUGAUAAAAAUCAGACGCCCACUAAACUCUUCUGGUUCUCGAAUCCUGUCGGCGGUCCCCACGCAUCUUGCGUUUCUCUAGAAUCUCGCGACCUAACUACAGGUACCAACAAGGUCCUCGUAGACACCGUGAUGGAGCCCACCCCCGAAAACGACUUUCCAGGUCUAUAUCCCAAUUACAACAUGCCCUCCAGCCCGUUUUUGCGUCGCGGAGACCAUACAUACAUCGUGCUCCACUCCUUAUGGCGCUCCCGUGCGACGAUCCUCUUCAUUGAUACAGAAUCCGGAGCAGUUUCAGACGAGACAAAGAUGCGAGAUGGCGAACCUUUGUAUAGUUGGGACUUACAUGCUACAGACGACAAGACGCAUUUCAUCUGUUCAAGGAGCACGCCUACUGCUCCACCCGAAGUAUUACUAGGAUACUUUGAUGAACACGACAACCUCAAUUGGAAAGUCCUAGAUAAACCAAUGAUGUCUUUCGGAACUGAGAGCGCACUACGUGAUCUCGCUGCAUCGAUCAUACCCAUCGGCGCGCGUCCUCCAACAGAGACUAUCGUAAUUCAAUCGAAGAAAGCUUCCACGAGACCUGGCCCAAAACCCAUCUGCGUUAACAUUCCACAUGGAGGACCACAUGCAUCAACGACAACAUCAUUCUCCCCAGCUACUGCUGCACUAGCCUUGGAAGGAUAUACAAUCUCCCUGCCCAACUAUACCGGCUCCAUGGGAUUCGGCGAAAAGUACAUUCAAAAACUUCUUGGGAAUUGUGGAACAAUGGACGUACAAGAUGUCGUAGAGAGCGUCAACGAGCUCAUCCGGCGUGGUAUCUCAGAACACGGACGACAAGUUGUCCACGGUGGAAGCCACGGCGGUUUCCUCGCUGCGCACCUUAUCGGCCAAUACCCAACCCUAUUUAACGCAGCAGUGAUGCGCAACCCCGUGACCAGUGUCGGCGAACUAGCAGCAUCCGACAUUCCCGACUGGGCCUAUGGUGAAUUUGGGCUCCAACUUACCCCGGACUCGCUCAUGACACCCGCCACGUUCCAAAAAAUGUUUGAAGGGUCGCCUAUCGCGCACGUUGAUAAUGUACGCGCACCUGUACUGUUGUUGAUUGGAGAAGACGACUUGCGUGUGAUACCGGCACAGGGAUUGAGGUUUUAUCAUGCGCUCAAGGGUAGGGAGAAGAUAGUGGAGAUGUUGUGGUUCAAGGGGGAGACGCAUUCGAUUGAUGGUGUUGAGGCGGCAAGGGUUUCAUGGGAGGCUGGGAGGGAUUGGUUUAAGAAUCUGGGGCAAAGCCCAGCUGACUGA